AUGAAUUUAAAAAUUAAAAGUCUAUCUCCUUAAUAAAAAAUUAUUAACGAUUUAUAAUAAUUAGAUUUUUAAAUAUAUUUAAAGGACAAAGAGAUUAAAAUAUAAAUAUAGAUUGAAUAAACUAUUGGUUAAUUAAUAAAAUUAGUAAAAUAAGAGUCAAAAAAAUUAUCCCCAAUUCAUUUUUAAGGACUCGUAUAUUUAGAAACUUUUAACGGAAACGAAGUAGCAGAUUAUUAUUUAACUUAAGAAGAUAAACCAAUAUUUAAAUUAAAAAAUAUAACAUAAUUAAAAGGCGUAUAUUAAUAAAAAUUAAAUGAAAACUAAUCAAAUUAAGAUGUUAAAAUUUAAGAUUUUUCUUUUUUAAAAUGUUUAGGAAAAGGAGGAACAUCUGAUGUUUUUUUAGUUAGACAUAAAGAAUCAUGUAAAUUAUUUGCUUUAAAAAUGAUUUCAAAAACUCAUUUAACUGAAUUUAAACGCCUAGAAUAACUUCUUAGAGAGCGUAAAAUCCUUAUAGAUGCUUCUAAAACUCCUUUUAUAGCUACUUUACAUUGUUGUUUUGAGUCUAAUUCUCAUUUAAAUUUUUUAUUAGAAUUUUAUUGUGGUGGUGAACUUUUUUUUCAUUUGUAGAAUAAAAAAUUAUCCGAAAGUGAGUCUAAAUUUUACUUUUCUUAAAUCUUAAUAUGCUUUGAGGAUUUAAAACCUGAAAAUAUAGUACUAGAUGUUGAUGGUUACGUGCAUUUAACAGAUUUUGGAUUAUCAAAAAUAGGCAUGAACAGUGAAGAAAUGACAGACUCUUUUUGCGGAUCACCUGAAUAUAUGGCCCCAGAGGUUUUGGCCAGAAAAGGUUAUAAUUAUUCAGUUGACUUUUAUACUUUGGGUGCUUUUUUACAUGAAUUAGUGACUGGAUUACCACCUUUUUACUCUGAUUGUACAGAAACAAUCCUUAAUAAUAUUGCUAAUUAAGAAUUAAUUAUUCCUUAGUAUUUAAAUAACGACCUUAAAUGUUUAUUGUAUUAAUUGUUGGACAAAAAACCAUAAAAUAGAAUUAAAUCUUUUGAAUAAAUAAAGAAAUCGAAAUGGUUAAAAGAUGUAAACUGGAUAGACAUCGAAUAAUGUCUUUAACCUUAUAAAAAUAAGAAAAAAAUAAAAUUAUCCAUCUUCAAAUACUAGUUCUAAGAACUUAUCUAAAAUAAAGAACUCAGAAAGUAAGAAAUAAUUAUCUUUACAUUUAAAGAAAUCUAAAUCAAAGUACUUUUUUCUAACAUUCCUUCCUUGGACAUAUUUUGA